CCGCGCCUCGACAUGGCCGUGAGGAGAGGAUUGCUGCUCGUGAUAUUGGCCGCGAAUUUUUUACCGGGAAAAUUCGCAGUAGACGGAUAUUUGAAACGGUGUCCGACAGCGACGGUUGUGAACCGUAGCGAAGAGGCGGGAGAAUUUCCAGCGGAAAAUGGAACGCGUUUUGAAAACGACACGAUGCUCAACUGUUUAUGCAACGUGAAAACCUGCUUGCCACUCUGCUGCCCUUUGGGACAGGCGAAAAGUGAGAGUGGCAGCUGCGUUGAGGACAAUUCGAGUCCAAAUUUGACAGACUUUUUUUAUUCGCACGGUGAAACGAGGCUGGAUCAGCUCCAUCCCUUCAAUCUUGAUCCUUGCGGUCCUGAAUCUGCGAACUUCCUAGGUUCGACGGCGUUCAGUUUGCUCGGAAACGGCUCGCUGCGCCUGUCGGAUGGCAACAAAACUAUCGACGUUGGAAUGUACUGCCUGUAUCGCGACGUCGGAUCGUCGUUUUUCUCGGCGAAGCUCUGUCGUGCGUGGAAACCGCAGAGUUUGCCGUGGAUCAUCGGGUGCGUUGUUUGCGCCUUCUUCGCCUCGGCGACCUUCGUCGUUUACACCAUCGUCCCGGAGCUCAGGAACCUCCAUGGACUCAUUUUCCGACUGUACUUGGCAUCCUACAUCGGAUGCAUAAUCAUCGCACAGACUCCGCUCAAGCUAAUAACCGAUCUGAAAACCUGCACGGAAAUAAUUUACGCAUGCUUCGGAAUCUAUUUUUGCCUCACUUGUGCAUUAUGGCUGAACGUGAUGAGCUUCGACAUUUGGUGGACGCUACGAAGCCUCGCGCCCCCUCCGAGCAAUGUCAAAGAAAGAGAAAGGAAAAGACUGCGAUGGUAUAUGGCUUAUGCUUGGUUGGGUCCUGGUGUCCCGAUGAUAAUGUUUUGUUUCGUUGUGUUGUUCGGAAAUGUUCGCAAUAAAACCGUCGUCCUGUGUUUUUUGGUCGGGCCCAUUGUUGCAGCAGGCAUUUGCAACACAUGUUUAUAUAUUGCUACAGCCAUAACAAUAAUCCGGCGUAAAAAAGAUACAUCACACCUGGUCCAUGGAGUGAAUAAACACCAUCAAGAAAAUGUACAAUGGUUCAACUUGUAUUUGAAGCUUUUCGUAGUGAUGGGGGGACCGAUGAUCUGGUUAACCGGGACCGUAACGAGGCGCAGUCUAAGUUACAAAAUGUCGGUGUUCAUGGAUGUGCUUCAAAUGUCGCAGUGCAUAAUGGUGUUCAUUAUAUUCGUAUGGAAAGACGACGUAAAACGGUCACUCCGGAGACUAUAUGCCCGGACCGUGCACAAGCUUCAAUCUUCUCUCCCAUCUGACCGAAUACAUACCACAGUGAAUUGAUUUCCAAAAAGUAAGAGCUUUUGUAUCUAUAAAUUGACAUUCGUGACGUACCGCCAUGAUGAGGUUUAUUCUUAAAAAUUUUCAAAAACUUCUUAUAUUUUCUCAGGAUUUUUCAAAAUCU